AUGAGGCUUUACGUUUACGUGUUGCAAGCCAAAGACUUGCCGAUUCAGGGGACCUACGUCAAGCUCCAACUUGGCAGGCUCAAAUCCAAGACCAAGACUCCGGCCAACACUUGGAACCCCGUCUGGAACGAGGAGUUCGUUUUCAGGGUUCAUGAUGUUGUCGGCGAACAGCUUGUUGCUUCUGUUUUUCACGUCGAACAUGAUUCGGCUUUCUUCAAUGGUUCCAAGUGUUUGCUAGGACUCGUUUCUGUGCCACUUAGCUUGGUUGCUGAUCAGCAUAAUCAAACCUUGCCUCCUACUUGGUUUCCUCUUCACAAAUACAAGACUGGGAACUUCAUUACCAAAGAUUCUGGAAAAAUUCUUCUCACCCUUUCUUUGCACGGAAAAGGGCAUGAUCAUUCGAACAACCAUCUUCUUCUUGCACAAUCUGACGUUCCACGAGACGAUGACGAAUUCGAAAGUACAUACAAACUAUCUCAAGACAUAAUUAGUGCCAAAGCUCCAUGUCUGAAAUUCACCAAAGGGUUGGUGAAGACUAUUGCAGGACGGGUUGACAAGCUUUUCCAUAAGAACAAAGAUGUCUCGAGAAUGGAUGAUUCGCCGUUGGACUUUUCCUCUGCUUUAUCUGAUCAUGAGGAGGAACACUCCUCUAAUUGCAGCUUUGAAGAAGCAAUGGAAUUGAUGCAGUUAGAGCACGACAAAGAUGAUAUUCCUGAAAACCUGGACGGCGGCGUCCUUGUUGAUCAGAUGUACAUAGUAUCCCCAUGUGAUCUAAAUAAGUUUCUGUUUGCACCUGAUUCACAGUUCAUUAAAGAUAUGGCACAGCUGCAGGGAACAACAGAUGUGGAGGUGGGGCCAUGGAAGUGGAAAUCCGAGGAUGUUUCGCGCUUAACACGAGUAAUUACGUACACGAAGGCUGCAACGAAGUUAGUCAAGGCUGUUAAAGCAACCGAAGAGCAAACCUAUAUCAAAGCUAAUGGACAUGAAUAUGUCAUCCUGGUAACUGUAAGUACUCCCGAUGUUCCGUAUGGAAGUACAUUCAAGAUCGAGUUGCUUUACAAGAUAAUGCCUGGACCGGAGGUACCAACAGAAGAAGAAUCUUCUCAUCUCAUAGUAUCAUGGAGAGUUCAUUUUCAGCAGAGCACGAUGAUGCAAAGCAUGAUCGAAGGAGGAGCUAAGAAAGGACUGAAGGAGAGUUUUGAUCAGUUUUCUGACUUGUUAGCUCAGAAUUUGAAGAUUCUGAAUCCCAUGGAAUUAUCAGACAGGGAUCAUAUGCUGUCAGCUUUGGAAACAGAACACCAGUCGGAUUGGAAAUUGGCGAUCGAAUACUUCGGGAAUUUCACCGUUGUUUUCACCAUUUUCGCGGUUUUGUAUUUCAUGUUGCACGUUUUACUUUGUCAUUCUUCCGAAAUCCAAGGCUUGGAAAUUGAUGGACUUGACUUGCCUGAUAGUUUCGAAGAGCUUCUCACAAGUGGAAUUUUAGUUAUGCUUUUGCAGCAUGUUUACAACAUGGUUUCUCACUUCAUACAUGCUAGAUUGAAAAGAGGAAACGAUCACGGAAUCAAAGCGCAAGGUGAUGGAUGGGUUCUCACAGUAGCUUUGAUCGAGGGUGUUAAUUUGGCAUCCCUGAACUCAGCAGAAUCUUUAGACCCUUACGUGGUUUUUACCUGCAAUGGCAAAACAAGAACAAGCUCUGUCAAGCUACAAACUCAUGAUCCUCAAUGGAAUGAGAUACUUGAAUUUGAUGCCAUGGAAGAACCCCCGUCAGUCUUGGAUGUCGAAGUUUUCGAUUCCGAUGGCCCUUUCGACCAGGCUGCCUCACUUGGGCAUUGUGAGAUCAAUCUUUUGAAGCAUACACCCUCGGAACUAAGUGACUUGUGGGUCUCCCUUGAGGGAAAGCUUGCUCAGCCUUCUCAAUCGAAGUUGCACUUGAGAAUAUUUUUGGACAAUAACAAAGGAGUUCAAGCUAUAAAGGAAUAUUUAACAAAGAUGGAAAAAGAAGUAGGCAAGAAGUUGAAUCUACGUUCGCCUCACAAGAACUCGACGUUUCAGAAACUAUUCAGCUUGCCACCAGAAGAAUUUCUUAUCAAUGACUUCACAUGUCAGCUCAAGAGAAAACUGCCUGUGCAGGGCCGCCUCUUUUUAUCUGCCAGAAUUGUGGGGUUUAGUGCCAAUUUGUUUGGACACAAGACCAAGUUUUUCUUCCUUUGGGGAGACAUAGAAGACAUCCAAGUGCUUCCUCCAUCGCUGGCAUCGGUCGUUAGCCCUUCUCUAGUCAUAGUUCUAGGGAAGGGUCGAGGUCUUGACGCGAGGCACGGUGCAAAGUCGCAAGAUGAAGAAGGACGACUAAGAUUUCAUUUUCAAUCUUUUGUGUCAUUCAAUGAUGCCUGCAGGACGAUAAUGGCGUUGUGGAGAACAAGAACUUUUACAACUGAUCAACGAGCAGAGAUUGCAGAAGAGCAGCAGGAACAAGAGGAAAGACCUCUCGUACUCGAAGAGGUUGGAUCCAUUCUCCAUGCGGAAGAUAUAGAGAUGUCGAGGAUUUACACUGCUGAACUCCCUAUCUGUAUAACAUCACUAAUGGAAAUCUUUGAUGGGGGACAAUUGGAGCACAAAAUUAUGGAAAAAUCCGGUUGCCUUAACUAUGUCCCGACCACUUGGGAACAGGUAAAGUCUAAGAGUGGUGUUUAUGAAAGACGGGUCUCUUACAAAUUCAAUCGCCAAGUUUCGAUCUUCGGAGGGGAAGUUACCUGCACACAACAAAAAUGUCCUACUGCAAAUGGUGAGGGGUGGAUUGUGAAUGAGGUCAUGCGGCUGCGAGAUGUUCCGUUCAGCGACGAAUUUCGUGUGAAGCUUAGGUACCAGAUUGAGAAGUCGAGUCUAGCUCAGAAUGCUUGUAAGUGCGAUGCACACAUCGGAAUCGUGUGGCUUAAAGUUAAAAGCACCAACUUCCAGCUGAGAAUAACUAGGAACGUAACUGAUAAAUUUAUUCAUAGAGUGAAAGAGAGAUUUGAACUGCUUGAAAGAGAGAUUCUAUUUGGAAGUUGCAACUCAACAAGAUAA